AAGGGGGCUGGUCCUCGACGGCUGGGGGAAGGUGCCCGCCCGCCCCGGAUGGGCAUCGUGGAGCCGGGCUGCGGAGACAUGCUGACGGGCACCGAGCCGAUGCCGGCGAACGACGAGGGCCGGGCGCCUGGCGCCGACCCGCAGAACCGCUACUUCUACCCGGAGCCGGGAGCGCAGGACGCGGCCGAGCGUCGCGGGAGCGCCAAUCUGGGGGCGCCGUAUGCCGGGGGUGCCCUAGUGCCCGCCCCGCCUGGCCGAUUCCUCGGAGCCUACGCCUACCCGCCCCGGCCCCAGGCCGCCGGCUUUCCCGGGCCGGGUGAGCCCUUCCCGCCGACGCCGGGCGCCGAGGGCUACCAGCCUGGGGACGGCUAUGCGGCCCCGGACCCGCGCGCCGGGCUCUACCCGCGUGAGGACUAUGCACCGCCAGCCGGGCUGGAGGUGUCCGGGAAGCUGAGAGUCGCGCUCAACAACCACCUGUUGUGGUCCAAGUUCAAUCAGCACCAGACGGAGAUGAUCAUCACCAAGCAGGGACGGCGGAUGUUCCCAUUCUUGUCAUUUACUGUGGCUGGGCUGGAGCCCGCCAGCCAUUACCGGAUGUUUGUGGACGUGGUCUUGGUGGACCAGCACCACUGGCGGUAUCAAAGCGGCAAGUGGGUACAGUGUGGAAAAGCCGAGGGCAGCAUGCCAGGAAAUCGCCUGUACGUCCACCCAGAUUCCCCCAACACUGGAGCCCACUGGAUGCGCCAGGAAGUUUCAUUUGGAAAACUAAAGCUCACGAAUAACAAGGGGGCCUCCAACAAUGCGACUCAGAUGAUUGUGCUCCAGUCCCUCCAUAAGUACCAGCCCCGGCUGCACAUCGUUGAGGUGAAUGACGGAAAGCCAGAGGCAGCCUGCAAUGCUUCCAACACGCAUAUCUUUACUUUCCAAGAAACCCAGUUUAUUGCUGUGACCGCCUACCAGAAUGCCGAGAUCACUCAGCUGAAAAUUGAUAAUAACCCUUUUGCCAAAGGAUUCCGGGAGAACUUUGAAUCCCUAUAUGCAUCUGUUGACACCAGUGUCCCCUCCCCACCUGGACCCAACUGUCAAUUGCUUGGGGGAGACCACUACUCUUCUCUCCUACCCAACCAGUAUCCUGUUCCCAGCCGUUUCUACCCCGACCUUCCUGGCCAGGCCAAGGAUGUGGUUCCCCAGCCUUAUUGGCUGGGAGCACCCCGGGACCACAGCUACGAGGCCGAGUUUCGAGCAGUCAGCAUGAAGCCUGCAUUCCUGCCCUCAGCCCCUGGGCCCACCAUGUCCUACUACCGAGGCCAGGAGGUCCUGGCGCCUGGAACUGGCUGGCCUGUGGCCCCCCAGUACCCUCCCAAGAUGGGCCCGGCCAGCUGGUUCCGCCCCAUGCGGACUCUGCCCAUGGAACCUGGCCCUGGCGCUUCAGAAGGGCGGGGACCAGAAGACCAGGGCUCCCCUUCAAUGUGGACUGAGAUCACCCCCAUCCGACCAGAGUCCAGUGACUCAGGACUGGGCGAAGGAGACUCUAAGAGGAGGCGUGUGUCCCCUUAUCCUUCCAGUGGCGACAGCUCCUCCCCUGCUGGAGCCCCUUCUCCUUUUGAUAAGGAAACUGAAGGCCAGUUUUAUAACUAUUUUCCCAAUUGAGUAGAUGACACCGUGAAAGGAACAGAGACAGUAUUAUUAGGUUGGAGGACACCAGCUAACCUAGACAACAGACUCAGGACUGAGCAGUCCCCAGCUCCCUCUGUCCUUUGUAGUUGGUUGGGAAAGGGAUUCUGGGGUCACUGGCUGCUUCCUGGCCAACAGCGAAACCUGAGAGGAGUGUCCCCUCCUCUACCUAUGCCCUAACUACAGUCAUUUACCUGGUGCUGCUUCUGGCUUUUCUUUUUUUUUUUUUUUUAAGUUUUUUGGAACAGGGUGACUAUUUAUUGUACAGAGAAUGGUGUCUGGAUAUACUUCUUUUGUCUUCAUCACUUUCUGAAAAUAAACAUGAAACUGUCGAAUGUGCCCUGCUUUGGUGCCCUGGUGGAUUACAUGGGGACUCCACUGGGAAUUGUAAGUGGAGGGCUCUUGGACAGAACCUGAAGUUCUGAAGAACCUGUACCUUCUAGAAACUCGAAGUGGCUCCAUCCAGAGGAUAAACUGAGUUAGAGCAAGAACACAUGUCCUACCUUCAGCGCUUAGACUGAUGGCAGAUGCCACCUCGUAAGGCAUCUUGGGACAGAGAACUACCCCUCUGCCUAUGUGUGCAGCUUGACCUGUGGAGGAAGGAUGUGAGGGCCAGGCCAGAGGACGGGGCUGGGAGAGGUGUGCAGGCUCCAAGGGGAAGGAUGGCCUUCAUUUCUCUUUGCAUUUCUAGCAGCUUUGGUUCUCCAUCUUCAUCUUAGGAUUGUUCAAGGAGUAAGUGUAAAUUGGACCACAUGAAAUGC